GGCUCUUAUCUGGUCAACUUCAAACUACCAUUCUCCAUUCUCAGUUUCUCAGAGAGAACAAACAAAAUCCAAGAAGAAACAAGGGGGAGAGAGAGAUGGGUUCUGUUUAUACAUCUCUAUCGGCUAUUCUAUGCUUGAUUAUCUUCGCUUCAUCUUCGUUAGCAUCACCAACAGCGUAUGAAAAGCUCGAAGAAUAUAACCUUCCAGUCGGGAUCCUCCCAAAGGGAGUUCUCGGCUAUGAACUCGACCCAUCAACAGGUAAAUUCGCUGCUUUCUUCAAUAGUAGUUGUAGCUUUUCGCUUGAAGGAUCAUACCAGUUGAGCUACAAGCCCGCCGUCAGAGGGUACGUGUCCCAAGGCAGGAUUUCAAGGUUGGAGGGUGUUAGUGUCAAGUUGUUCUUCUUUUGGGUCAAUAUUAUUGAGGUUGUACGGAGUGGCGAUGAUCUUGAAUUCUCCGUGGGGAUUGCAGGUGCUGGGUUUCCUAUUAAUAAUUUUGAGGAGAGUCCUCAAUGUGGGUGUGGAUUGAACUGUAAUGAUGUGAAAGUGAUAAAGCUUAGAUCAAAUCCUCUUGUGGGUUCUUAUUAGAGGUAUAUUUAGGGUUAAUAGGAUUGAAUGUUCGUACUGGAAUUUUGAAUUUUGGGUUCGUUUUGAAUUGAAAUUUGCUUUAAGUUAAUUGAUGAAAUAUUUUGUCUUUGAUGCUUGA